GCGGUGGUGGUGGUGGUGGUAGUAAUAGUAGUGGUGAGUGGGCGCAAACUGCGCGAAGCUAGUUCGUGGUUAAAAGCUGCAACGAAGCGCGAGGCGUGCAGAGUUGCAGCAGGAAAUUAUGAAGCGCAUAAGGAGCGCCCUGUUGGCCGCCGCUUGUGAUAGUUGCCGGUGAAUGUGUGAUCCGGGGGCAGCAGAGACCCACCGUAAUGACGACCGAAGACACGACCGAAGAGACGACCGAGCAGCCCCCGGUAGACGACUGCCUGAAGGAACGGAAAUGGUGGUGCUUCCUGCUGUCGAGCGUCUUCACUUUCCUUGCCGGGCUGCUGAUCGUACUCCUCUGGCGUGCGUUCGCCUUCCUCUGCUGUCGCAAGGAAACCGAGUUCGCCCCGAAUUACCCGAAACAGAAAGAGCAAAAGACGAGCCGCCAGGGUAAGGAGUUCGAGGGGACUUUUAUGACCGAGGCCAAAGACUGGGCCGGUGAACUGAUUUCUGGACAGACCACCACUGGACGUAUUUUGGUGGUGUUAGUUUUCAUUCUCAGUAUAGCAUCGCUUAUAAUAUACUUCAUCGAUGCCUCCAGCGAAGAGGUGGAACGUUGCCAAACGUGGAGCGAGAACAUUACUCAGCAGAUAGACUUAGCUUUCAAUAUAUUUUUUAUGGUCUACUUUUUUAUACGCUUUAUCGCCGCCAGUGAUAAGCUGUGGUUCAUGCUGGAGAUGUAUUCGUUCGUGGACUACUUUACGAUACCACCGUCCUUCGUGUCGAUAUAUCUCGAUCGGACGUGGAUCGGACUGAGGUUCCUCCGAGCCCUACGACUGAUGACGGUCCCUGACAUCCUCCAGUACCUAAACAUUCUAAAGACAUCGAGUUCCAUUCGUCUCGCCCAACUUAUAUCGAUCUUCAUCUCCGUCUGGUUAACAGCUGCUGGCAUCAUUCAUUUGCUUGAAAACUCAGGGGACCCGUUCGAGUUCACGAACCCUCAACAGCUUUCGUACUGGACCUGCGUCUACUUUCUCAUCGUGACGAUGUCCACGGUAGGAUAUGGCGACGUUUACUGCCAGACGCUCGUCGGCCGCACAUUCCUAGUAUUUUUUCUACUCGUCGGUUUGGCAAUUUUUGCUAGUAGCAUACCUGAGAUAAUAGAGCUCGUAGGCAGUAGGUCCAAGUACAGCGGCGAAUACAAGCGGGAACAUGGAAAGAGACAUAUUGUCGUGUGUGGCCACAUCACCUACGAAUCAGUCUCGCACUUCCUCAAGGACUUCUUGCACGAGGACCGCGAGGACGUCGACGUGGAAGUUGUCUUCUUGCAUAGGAAACCACCAGAUCUCGAGCUGGAGGGACUAUUCAAACGGCACUUCACCACCGUGGAGUUCUUUCAGGGGACCAUCAUGAACCCCAUUGAUCUGCAACGGGUCAAGGUCCACGAGGCAGACGCGUGUUUGGUACUGGCGAACAAGUACUGUCAAGACCCAGACGCGGAGGACGCUGCAAACAUCAUGCGUGUCAUCUCCAUCAAGAACUAUUCGGAUGACAUUCGCGUUAUCAUUCAAUUAAUGCAAUAUCACAACAAGGCCUACUUACUAAACAUUCCAUCAUGGGACUGGAAACAGGGCGACGACGUGAUCUGCCUGGCCGAACUGAAGCUGGGCUUCAUCGCACAGUCCUGUCUAGCGCCGGGUUUCAGCACGAUGAUGGCCAAUCUCUUCGCCAUGCGAUCCUUCAAGACGUCACCCGAUAUGCAGGCUUGGCAGAAUGACUACCUGCGUGGAACCGGAAUGGAGAUGUACACCGAAACACUGAGCCCUACCUUCAUUGGAAUGCCCUUUGCCAAAGCCACUGAGUUAUGCUUCACGAAGUUGAAGUUGUUGCUGUUGGCAAUCGAGAUAAAGGGCGAAGGAGGUGGCGACAGUAAGAUUUCAAUUAAUCCACGUGGUGCCAAGAUCGUAGCAAAUACUCAGGGAUUCUUCAUUGCUCAAUCUGCCGACGAAGUGAAACGGGCGUGGUUCUAUUGCAAAGCAUGCCACGAGGAUAUUAAAGACGAAACUCUGAUCAAGAAGUGCAAGUGCAAAAAUUUGGCCACAUUCCGGAAAGGCGUACGAGCUGUUCAAGUGGUUGGAAGAGCAAGUGAAGACUUCUCGUAUGCAAACGACCACCAUCCUCCCCCCACAUUCACUCCGCCAGAACUGCCCAAGAUGGUUCACGUAAGAGGUGAGAUCAGUCGUGACCGAGAUGACCAAAACGCAAUGAGAAAUCACCGGAAUUCCGUCGGGAUGACCAUGAUGAAUUCAACGAAGCAGGUGAAUAAGGUGAAACCGAAUGUGAAUCGAGCGACAAAUGACAGUUUAUCCAGUCCAAAUCAACCGUACAAUCAAAGAUCGCAAGAGGAGUCCGCAUACCCUGGCUACCAUCUCGCCUACGAAGUCAAAAAGCUCAUGCCGACGAGCAGAGCCUCUGGCGGCACGAACGUGAACAACAAUGGUGGUCUUCAAGUCGGUAUUGCCGACGAUCAGGCGAAAGACUUCGAUUUCGAGAAGACCGAAAUGAAGUACGACUCAACGGGUAUGUUCCACUGGAGUCCAUCCCGUAACCUCGAAGACUGCAUAUUGGAUCGUAAUCAGGCGGCGAUGACAGUUCUCAAUGGGCAUGUCGUUGUUUGCCUAUUCGCUGAUCCCGACUCGCCUCUCAUCGGACUGAGAAACCUUGUCAUGCCAUUACGAGCUUCCAAUUUUCAUUACCACGAGCUUAAACACGUAGUAAUAGUUGGGUCUGUGGAUUACAUCCGCCGCGAGUGGAAGAUGUUGCAGAAUCUACCGAAGAUAUCGGUGUUAAACGGUUCACCAUUGAGCAGAGCAGAUCUGCGUGCCGUUAACGUGAAUUUGUGCGACAUGUGUUGUAUCCUGUCGGCUAAAGUGCCUAGCAACGAUGACCCCACCCUCGCCGACAAGGAAGCCAUCCUCGCGUCCCUUAAUAUCAAAGCCAUGACUUUCGACGAUACCAUUGGAGUGCUCAGCCAAGCAAAUAAUGAGCAAGGUAAUUUGACCGCAGUUGGCAGCCCAAUUGUUCUGCAGCGACGGGGAUCCGUUUAUGGUGCAAACGUACCCAUGAUAACAGAACUCGUGAACGAUAGCAACGUGCAGUUCCUUGACCAGGACGACGACGAUGAUCCAGAUACAGAACUGUACCUAACCCAACCGUUUGCUUGUGGUACUGCCUUUGCCGUCAGCGUAUUAGAUUCGUUAAUGUCGACGACGUAUUUUAACCAAAAUGCGCUGACUUUAAUUCGAUCUCUAAUCACUGGUGGAGCAACGCCUGAAUUAGAAUUAAUUCUUGCUGAGGGAGCAGGUUUACGAGGAGGUUAUAGUACACCUGACAGUCUGGCCAAUAGAGAUCGAUGUCGAGUUGGUCAAAUCGCAUUAUACGAUGGGCCAUUGGCCCAAUAUGGUGAAGGAGGCAAGUACGGUGACCUCUUUGUCGCAGCAUUAAAGUCAUAUGGAAUGCUGUGCAUUGGUCUGUACAGGUACAGGUUUCGAGAUACCAGUUCAUCGUGCGAUGCUUCUUCUAAACGAUAUGUCAUUACAAAUCCUCCAGAUGAUUUCACGUUAUUGCCUACAGAUCAGGUUUUCGUGCUGAUGCAAUUCGAUCCAGGUCUGGAAUACAAGCCGAGCAGAGGGGCUCGGGGAAAGGAUGAUGCCUCCUGACUGUUGCUGUGUAGCGCCCUCACCGACGGACCUUAUUCCUAUAUCUAAGCAGGCAAAGGAAACCAUCAUGCCGCCCGUCGUCCCUACUGAAUCGACUAAUCUUCAUUGGCUGGCAUUAUGGUAUGAUGCCCUCAACGAAUUAUCGCAAACCCCGUCCAUAGAACGAAUCAUCAACACGUCCGUUUUUUCUGCUGGUUACGUGUCGCCAGUGAUAUUUCGUCAAUACUCGUAGCUGAUUCGGUUUCCCUCUAUAGUGCCCGCAGAUCUCUCUGUUCCUUGCUAUUUAUCGCUACGUGAUUUAUUUCCACAUUGUGACCGAACAUUUCUGCGUUGAGGCGUGUUUAUGUAACAAGUAGAAGAAGGAAAAACAUCGUGGCGAAUAUGGAGAAAAGAGAAGAAGAAAAGAAAAAUCUGCCAAGGAAAAUGAGAAAGAGAAGAAACGGCAAAGGGAUACCGGGAUGCGGUAUGAUGAAACACGGUCCGAGGGUAGCUACACGUUAAGCUUUCUAAAUCUUCGUAAGACAUGAAAUAUAACGUCUUCGAUUGGAAGGCGACAUAAGGACUGAAAGGGCUUAUUCUGAGGCGUAAAAUGGUGUGUGACUAUAUCCCAUGCCUUAUGCUUUCAGCAGAAUACAGAGUACAGAAGAAAACAGAAAAAAAAUAUACUUAAAACAAUGCGAAGCAAACAGCUUAACUAUAAACGCUUGAGAACAUCUUCAAGGCUGAUCGCUGAGGAAUUGUAAUCGCCUUCGCGACUUAACGUAUACCAUCGCUGUAGCUCAUUCAGGAUAUGUAAAUAGGUACAGAACAGGUGAAUAUGUUGUCAUUUGACGGUAAAUUAUAAACAAAAGCGGAACGAGGAGGAAAGAGGAAGAAAUAGGAGAUAUGAAAAUUGAUUGAGAUAAAUUGCACUGACAGGACCUUUUUGGUUCUUUCAUGUAAAUGCAUUGUUCACUUUGCAAGACAGUCGUGUGUUCGUCUCCUGUAUCGUAAUUUUGUAUCUUGCCUUGUCAGCAAAUGGAAAUAUGUAUACAUAUAUGUACAUGUAUCUGUAUAUGCGUAUAUACAGGGUGAUCCUUGCAACUACAACAGACUGCAGCUUCUAUUUAGAAUAUCAGGGAGUACAAUGGUAGAAAGUGUAAUAUAACUUAACAAAAUCCAAUCUCUGAUUUCACUUUUCUUACAAUUACAUAUUUUCCUACACUUGCAUCUAUGUCUUCUACAUUAAACUAUUAUCUUUUUGGUUUAUGAACAAAAAUAUUGAAAUAAAUAGCGUAUAUGGCACAUUCUUC